UGGUGCGUUAUACAGUUGAGACUCAUUACACCUCCUCCAUAAACAAUUACAGUCAUCUCUCUCUCUAUCUCUGGUAUUAAUCCAGAGCUCGCAGACUAGUCAUGGAGAAGCCGAAUUCAUCGACGACCAGCUUGGUUAGGACAAAGUCGGACCAGCUACUGGAGAUUGCAACGGCUGCGUUGAAGUCACCCCCAAAUGCGACCGACGGCGACGGGAUAAAAUCAGAAGGCGGCGGGACUCUCUCGAGGAAGUCGAGCCGGAGGCUUAUGAUUCCGGCUUCGCCGGGACGCGGCGGCGGCAAUAGCAAAAACACGCACAUUAGGAAGUCGAGGAGCGCUCAGCUGAAUAAGUUGGAGUUGGACGAAGUUAGCAGCGGCGCGGCUCUCAGCCGAGCGUCCAGCGCUUCUCUUGGCCUGUCGUUCUCUUUCACCGGCUUCACCAUGCCUCCCGACGAGAUCGCCGACUCCAAGCCGUUUAGCGAUGAUGAUACACCUGAUGAUCUUGAAGCGGGCACCAAGAAGCCGAAGUUUCAAACAGAACCAACCUUGCCAAUUUAUCUGAAGUUCAAAGAUGUGUCAUACAAAGUGAUUAUAAAAGGGAUGACAUCGACUGAAGAGAAGGAUAUCUUGAAUGGGAUUACUGGCUCAGUAAAUCCUGGGGAGGUUUUGGCACUUAUGGGACCUUCUGGUAGUGGGAAAACAACACUGCUCAAUCUGCUUGGUGGCAGGAUAAAUCAGCCAAAUAUUGGUGGUCUGAUUACUUACAACGACAGACCUUACUCCAAGUUUUUAAAGAGCAGGAUAGGAUUCGUGACUCAAGACGAUGUUCUGUUUCCUCACCUUACAGUGAAAGAAACACUGACCUAUGCAGCACUACUAAGACUGCCAAAGACUUUGACAAAACAGCAAAAGGAAAAACGAGCAAUGGAUGUGAUAUAUGAACUAGGUUUGGAGAGGUGCCAAGACACAAUGAUUGGUGGCUCCUUUGUCCGGGGAGUGUCAGGUGGAGAGAGGAAAAGAGUUUGUAUAGGCAAUGAGAUCAUAAUCAACCCUUCCCUCCUGUUUCUCGAUGAGCCGACCUCUGGCUUGGACUCUACAACUGCUUUAAGAAUUGUUCAGAUGUUACAAGACAUAGCAGAGGCUGGGAAAACUGUAGUUACAACAAUUCACCAGCCGUCAGGUAGACUCUUCCACAGAUUUGACAAGCUGAUUCUUCUAGGGAAAGGAAGCUUGCUUUAUUUUGGAAAAGCGUCAGAAGCUAUGGUUUACUUCUCGUCUAUAGGAUGCUCACCUCUAAUUGCUAUGAACCCAGCAGAGUUCUUGCUAGACCUUGCGAAUGGCAACAUAAAUGAUGUAUCAGUACCAUCAGAACUAGAGGACAAAGUGCAGAUUGGAAACUCAGGGAGAGAGAUGAGGAAUGGGAAGCCAACCCCAGCAGUUGUCCAUGAGUACCUCGUGGAGGCAUAUGAGACACGAGUAGCAGAAAAAGAGAAAAAGAAACUUACAGUUCCUAUUCCACUUGAUGAUGAAGUUAAAUCAAAAGUUGCGUCCCAAAAGCGACAAUGGGGGACAAGCUGGUGGGAGCAAUAUUGCAUACUAUUCUGGAGAGGAAUUAAAGAACGACGACAUGAUUAUUUCAGCUGGUUGAGAAUCACUCAAGUUUUGUCUACUGCAGUCAUUCUAGGACUACUAUGGUGGCAGUCAGAUGGUAAUAGCCCCAACAGCUUGCAAGAUCAGGCAGGGCUUCUUUUCUUCAUUGCUGUUUUCUGGGGAUUCUUUCCGGUCUUCACUGCAAUCUUCACAUUUCCUCAAGAACGAGCCGUGCUGAGCAAGGAAAGAGCAGCUGACAUGUAUAGACUAAGUGCAUACUUUGUGGCUAGGACUACAAGUGACCUCCCACUUGACCUAUUACUACCAGUUCUCUUCCUUCUUGUUGUGUACUUCAUGGCAGGCUUGAGACUAAGUGCCGGUCCCUUUUUCCUAAGCAUGCUUACAGUCUUUCUCUGCAUUGUUGCAGCCCAGGGACUUGGACUAGCUAUUGGGGCUACAUUGAUGGACUUAAAGCGGGCCACAACUUUAGCAUCAGUAACUGUCAUGACCUUCAUGCUGGCUGGAGGGUACUUUGUCAAGAAAGUUCCAGUAUUCAUAUCUUGGAUCCGCUACAUGUCUUUCAACUACCACACUUACAAGCUUCUUCUCAAGGUUCAAUAUGAAUGCAUCAUGCCGACAGUUAAUGGCAUGAGAAUAGACAGUGGUCUAAUGGAAGUAAGUGCCCUGGUAGCAAUGGUUUUUGGCUACCGUCUCUUGGCAUACCUUUCAUUGCGGAGGAUGAAGCUCCAUUCUGGCGCUUAGAUGAUCCACAAAUUUGGAAGAAUGUAUACCUCGACAACUUAACAAGAUGACUAUCACUAUCCAGUAUCCACAUGUCCAAGAGCUAUCUUUCAAAGGCUUGGGUUUGAGGGAUCGUGAAAAGAAAAUCCACAAAGGAUAUUCAAUCCUGAUUUUUUUGGAUUUUCAGCCUCUAAGAAUUUUGUCAAUGCAUCCCAUGUAGCAACCAAUGAAGGUUGCAUCGUAGGCAAAUGUGUGGAAUUUAUGAAGAUAAUUUAAAAAGAUUUUGGUUAAUUACAAACUCGGAUUUACAGGCUA